AUGUCCACAAUCAGGCGCGGCGCAUCGCCGACUGCGCAUACCGAGGUUGGUCCGGGAUUGCAAGCCGGACUGGACGCUUCUGCGCCAAUUGAUACUGGACUGGAGAACGAGCGAACCCCUCUAUUGGAACAAGACAACGAAGAGUCGCUACCGGAGCAUGACCAUCGGGCUGACCCAUCAAAUGAUGAUCCCGUCGGCCAGGGAGGUUUCUGGCAGACAUGGAGACGGCCAAGCAUCCUUUGGAUUCUUCCAUUUCUUGUCUUCUAUAUGCUAGGUAUCGGCGGCACUGCAGUGCCCAAAAUCAACCUGAUGAUGUCUCUCAUUUGCAGGGACUAUAUGGCGAACAAGGCGACCCAGGACCCGGGUUUCACGUAUCUGCCUGUCAUCAUUGGAAAUAAGAAUUCGCAGUGUCAGACACCCGAAGUCCAGUCGUUGCUUGCUCAGUUCCAGUUGUAUUUCAAUCUCCUGGCCGGGAUACUAUCGGCGCUGGCAUGCCCCAGACUCGGUCACCUAUCAGAUCGCUACGGUAGGACAAAGAUACUGGCCCUCAACGCACUGGGGACCAUUUUGGCGGAGGCUAUCUUUGUCUUUGUCUCAGCCAAGCCAGAUCUUGUGUCUGUGCAUGUGCUUCUACUGGCUGCCAUCGUGGAUGGCGUCUGUGGUUCUUUCACCACCAUUAUGGCGCUGACAAUGUCGUAUGCCUCCGACUGCACCAUCCCAUCGAAGCGGAGUGCAGCAUUCGGGUAUGUAUACGGCUCUCUUUUCGCUGGGACAGCAGCUGGGCCUCUGCUGGCGGCUAUCUUGAUUAAGAAAACAGGCCAGGCACUGAGUACCUUUGAGGCCUCGUUGGCCCUGAAUGUUCUCUACCUCAUUGCAGUCAUGACCGUCAUCCCGGAAUCAUUAUCGACAGACCAGCAGCGGCAAGCGCGGGACAGUCAUCGAAGAAAAGUCAUCGACGAAGGGGAGGCAGGCUGGCUGAGCCUGGAGAACCUCAACCCCAAACGGCUAAUUACACCUUUGGCUGUUUUGCUACCGCCAGUAGGACGUCCCAGCACGCUUUUCCCCAAUCGUCACGGCGCGACCCCGGCUUUGCGCAGAAAUAUCAUUCUUCUUACAGCGAUGGAUACCAUUGCAUUCGGGGUAGCGUUGGGAACCGCUCAAGUGAUCAUCAUUUAUGCCGAGUACAAAUUUGACUGGGGCAAUGUGGAAUCAAGCCUCUUCAUAUCGAUUAUAAGCAUCGCCCGGGUCGUCAACCUUUUCGUUGUAUAUCCGAUCAUCAUCGCAAUCUUCCGUGAACCACAGAAACCAGAUCACAUCGUUCCCGGCGCCAGCACCUGCGAGAUUGUUCUUAUACGACUUUCGCUUUUCCUAGACAUGAUUGGCUAUGUGGGUUUUGCAAUGUCAUAUCACGGCUCCAUCAUGGUAUUCUCGGGAAUCGUCAUGGCACUUGGCGGCAUGGGGAUACCGACGAUGCAGUCAUCUCUUACGAAACAUGUCCCUCGAGAACGGUUAGGUCAGAUCCUUGGCACGAAAGGACUCUUGCAUGCUCUGGCUCGAGUAAUCUCUCCAACGGCUUGCAGCCUCCUUUACAGCCUGACAGUUGGAAAGUUCACCCCAGCGGUAUUUGUUGUCCUUGGGGGCUUGUUCUUCCUCACCUUCUGUACCAGCUUUUUCAUCAAACCACAUGUUACUCUUGACGACUCUUACCCAAGUAGUCCUCGAGAUGAGGCUAACGACGAAGGCUUCGUGGCGGAUUCUAUCCUCUAG